UUGUAGAUAUACCAUUAAAGUUGACAUUAGACCAUGCCCAGUGAGUAGUUUUAGUGAUCCUGUAUUAAGCGGCCGCCUGUAUUAAGCGGCCAGUUCCUUAAGUCCUGAGGGUGGCCGUUAUGUACAGGUUCGACUGUAUUGUCACAGUGGAUGCUGAAAGCAGGCUUUGGUUGCCUGGAGAGAGAGAAGAUGUUUAGUUGACCUGUACAUAAGAUGCAAAUAAGUAAAUUGCUGGUUGUUGUAAACUUUUAUUGCUGAAUUUCUUUACUAAUGUCUCACCCAUUAUACCAUCGACAUGCAGAUCAUCAGCAUAAUACUCAUUGGAGUGGGAGCCUGGGCACAUGAUGAAAAGAAUGAAUAUAGUGACCUUGACAGUUUGGCCUUUGACCCUUCCAUUCUUCUUAUCAUUGUUGGCUGUUUGAUGUUUGUGGUUACAUUUUGUGGCUGUAUUGGAGCUCUGAGAGAAAACAAGAUCUUACUUUACAUAUUCAUGGGAUCUUUGACCAUUAUCUUUAUUCUGGAACUGAUCACAGGCUUCAUUGCUUUCUUUUUUGUUGACAAGACACGUAGCAAAAUCAAAGAGGCAACACACAAUGUGAUCAUGCGAUACCGAGAUGACCCUGACCUCCAGAAUGCCAUAGAUGGAAUACAGAAAGGUUUGAAGUGUUGUGGAGGCUUCUCAUAUCAUGACUGGGAGCUGAAUGAUCAUUUUAACUGUUCUGCUAACACUGUGCAAGCGUGUGGUGUGCCUUUCUCUUGCUGUCGAGAGGAUCUAAUUAACACGCACUGUGGAUUUUCAGUAAGAAAAGAGAAACUGGAAACAGAAGCUUCAUCGUUGAUAUACACCACAGGUUGUAUUGAAAGCUUGACAAACUGGAUUAACGACAAUCUUCACAUCGUUGGUGGCCUCGCGUUUGGCUUUGCUGUUAUUCAGGUACAUUUGCUUGGAAUUCUGGGUGCUUUCAACAUGAUCCGGGGUAUCGACCAAGUGGUGAAGUCACAUGACAGAGAGACCGGGUUUAACUAUGUACUAUAAAACUGAAGAAAAACCACAGGAUCCGGUUUCUGCUCGCAGGAGACAGCAGAAAACUAGAGAAACAUAUGGACUCUCUUCAAGCCUGCUUUGCACUCGGUUCAUGGUAAAAGGAGUGUAGAGUGUGUGCUGGUGGCAGAGGGAGACGGGACCGGGUGGAGGAAGGCUGGGUACAAGCACAUUCUGGAAUUUCUGGCUUCAGCUUGAUUUGUUACCUGGCAACCAAACUGAACUGAAAGCACAGUUUUUUAGGUAGAAUUUUUGAUAAUCGUCGCUCUUUAUUAAAACGUUCCUUAUUACAAAAUAUAAAUACAGUGGAACUCCGUUAAUCCGGUCACCAACAAGCCACAAAAAUCUGGCCGAAUUAACGUGGUGGCUGUAUAAAGGGGGUUAGGGUUAGGGGUUCUUUAAAUAAGAAAAUGAUUGACUGAGCUCUUU